UGCGUAACGUCGAAAUCGUAAGCAGCCGUGACAGCUCCGGUCCAUUUGAUGUCAACAGGGUUCAAGCACCGACGCAGUACGGACAGCCGCGCCAGCAGCCGCAGCACGCCCGUCAGCGCCAGCGUGGCCAUCAGCAGCAGCACCAACGGCGCCAGCAGCACGGGCGACAGCAGCUGUCACCUGUCACGCAGCCACGACAGCAAGCGCGUCACAUCGACUCUGCAACAACAUGCAGAGUCUGGCAAGAUGGCGUUCGCCGGCCUGAGAAAGCAGAUCAACAAGGCCAACCAAUAUGUGUCGGAGAAGAUGGGCGGUGCCGAGGGCACCAAACUCGACGACGAGUUCACAGAAAUGGAGCGGAAAACGGACGUCACAAAUGAGCUGAUUGAGGAGCUGCAGGUGAAGACGCGGGAGUUCCUGCACCCCAACCCCGCCUCGCGCGCCAAAAUGUCCGCCGUCAAAGGCACCUCUCGUUUCAGUUUCAAGCGUAUCUCCAAGCUCUCCGGACAGGCGAAGGCGGCCACCUAUCCGCAGCCGGAGGGCGUGCUCGGCGACUGCAUGGUCAACUUCGGCAGGAAACUGGGCGACGAGGAGCCUUUCGCUCAGGCGAUGAUCGAGACUGGUGAGGCGAUGAAACAGAUCGCCGACAUCAAAUACGCGCUGGAUGACAACAUGAAGCAGAACUUCCUCGAGCCGCUGCACCACCUGCAGAGCAAGGACCUCAAGGAAGUCAUGCACCACCGUAAGAAGCUGCAGGGCCGCCGGCUCGACUACGACUGCAAGAAGAGGAAGCGGGACAGAGGGACCAACAUUCCGGAUGAGGAGAUUAGGAUCGCCGAGGACAAGUUUGCUGAAUCGCUCCACCUCGCCCAGAUGAGCAUGCACAAUCUGCUGGAGAACGACGUGGAGCAGAUUAGUCAGCUGGCGACGUUCACCGAGUCACUUCUUGAGCACCACCGGCAGUGUGCAGACAUCCUCUCCGCCCUUCAGGAGACCCUGCAGGAGAAGAAGAACGAGGCGGCGUCGCGCGCGAGACCAGAGUUCCGACCCAAGACGCUGGCCGACCUGGGCAUCCAGAGCAACGCCACCUACCAGCCGGACGGCACCAACGGCGCGCUCAGCAGCGGCAGCGCCCCUAGCGAGAGCACACCGCAGCGCUCCCCGCUGCCGACUCCGGACGCGGGCGCUGCCAACACCUGGGAGCCCCUGUUCCCGGCCGGCCAGCCGCCCAAGUCGCCAGCCGGCUCGCCGCUGCCCUCUCCGAUGCGGUCGCCGGCGCGGACGCCGAACCCGCAGAACCCCUGCGCGCAGGCUCUGUUCGACUUCGAGCCUGAGAAUCCCGGAGAACUCGGUUUCAAGGAGGGCGACAACAUCACACUGACCCAGCAGAUCGACGAGAACUGGCUGGAAGGCACGCUGGACGGCCGCACGGGCUACUUCCCCACCACCUACGUGCAGGUGCUGGUCCCGCUACCGCGCUAGGCGGCGCCGCGCGAGCCCGCGCCGACUCGUGUGCGUUCUCCGGGAGGGAGGACCCUGCCGCCGCCCCGGGCGCCGCCACAGGGCGUAGAGAGGUCUCGGUGAGUGCGGCCGGCGGCGCCAGUGCGCCAGCAGUGUAGAGGCCAGAACGCUGCGCUACAGUCGCUCGCCAGCAGAGACUCACGCCGUACUGAUUGUGUCGUGCUAUAGAGAUUGUAUUCGACGCCGGCCGCCGGGGUGCCGCGUCCCAUUGUUACGUUUCCCAGACUUUAACCUAAGAUAUUACGAGUCGGUGUUAAGUGGUAAGCUCCGCUCGCUGUUGCGGCUGUCUCUGGCCGGUCGCUCUUGUCUCUGCGGUGUGCGCGGGCGCUUCUACUCCGCGGAGGGACAGUCUAGGUGGGGUACGCUCCGCGGGAAGGCUCGGCCGCUGGACUCUGUCAGCCGGCACUUUGAGCGACAUAUCGGACGGAGAGGCGGCCCGCGCGCCGUCAAUUGUUACAGCGGCAUCUCAGUCCCGUCAGCCGGCGUUCGGUCAGCUGGUGAUCGCCAGAGAGCCCCUCCCUCAUCCGUCGUCCCCGCCGCCGUCUCGCUAUCCCCACGUCUUCCCCGUUCGGUCGCCUCCCUCCCUCUCUCCUCUCUUCUCUGCCCGCUCUCUCUGUCUGUCAGUCCGUCGACGUGUAUCCGUCAUUUGUGCGGUCUGACGCGGGGUGCGGGUCGCGCCCAGACUGCUGUAUUGUGUACGCGGCGUGUGUGAGUGAGUGUUGUGAGAGAGGCUCUAGGACUCUGUGACCGUUUCAACGGUCGAUCAGAGGGCUAUCGCUGCUGUAGUGAGGUCGGGGGACCUGGCUCGUGCUCGUGUGUCGGAGACAAUAAACCCGCGCAGAUGAG